UUUUAUUUGAAUGAUUUGUAAACAUGGAGGCCAAGUGUUGUGCUCUCAAGUGAACCAACUGCGUUUAUCUUUGCGUUACAGAAGUUUAAUAUAUGAGACAAUGUCGUUCUUGUAUAUCCAGUGAUAUAAUGCGGGAAUUUAUGCAGUUGGACUUGGAAACAUCUUGACCAGCCUUGAAAAAUGGGUACUGAAGUACCAAAGACCCAUGAUUCAAGUGGCGAGUCGGAUUCAAAUACGGAUUCAGAGAACAGCAGUUCCAGUGAAUCAUCAGGAAGUGAAUUUGAAUGCUCAGGUGCUAAGCAGACUUCUGCUUCUAAACCCCACUUCUCCGUUACAUCUUGUGACACAGGCCUGAGGCUCAAAAUAGCUGCUAUUCCUGCUCGGAAGGUUUCACCUAGACGAAGCGCCAAGCCUUCUGUCAAGACGAAACCUUCUGAGGCUACAGACACUCAAAAAUCUAAAGUGAAGAAGAAAUCAUCAAAACUGUCCGACAGCAGUUCAAGUUCGGAGUCUUGCAGCAAAUGUUCAUCUGAUUCCUCGAGUGACGAUGAUUUGCCUCUAAAAGUUGUGUCAAAAACAUUGCCUAAAUGCGGACAGAAAGCCAGGACCAAGUCUGUCAAGAGUGAUAGUGAUGAUGAUAUGAAACUGAGUGAGGCGAUUAAGGACAUCAAGGCUUCAAAGGAGAAGCAGAGUGCGGCAAAGACUAGUAAUGCUGUGAAAAAGACUAAAAGUGAUGAACCGGUGGAGGAAGCGGCAGUGAAGAAGGGAAGGGGCCGGCCGCGCACUAAGUUCGCAGCACAAAUGCCGGAGAGCGCGGUCAGCAGCAGCACGUCGUCGUCCUCCUCGUCUUCGUCCUCAUCGUCCUCGUCCUCCUCCGACUCGGACUCGGCCGAGGCCGCGGGCUCGGCGCACGCCUCCCCGGACGACUCCAGCGCUGCCCUCGUCGCUGCUUGCCAGCUGCAGGUUAUCGAUGAUGCGGACCUCGCGGAACUAUUUCCGGAACAAACAUCGAGCGCGGCGACGCAGCAGACCAACUUCCCCGCGUUCGUCGGCGCCGCAACAGCUGACAACGACGACAAAUCCAUCGCCGAUAAUGGAGACGGGUCGAGCAGCGAAAUGGAGCUCACGCCGCAGUUAGUGACGGCUGCGAUACAGAGGGCGACGGCGGACUCGUCGGGCUCGGAAAACGAGUGCUCUAAUCCGGGCGUCCCGCACCCGAGCACCACUCAUUACGCGUCUAGUCUGUUGCAACAGUUUAAUGCGCAAACACAGUUACUCAGCAGUAGCACCGCGCCGCUCACGCCCAUCCCCACCGUCGCGGCGCCGCUCGCCUGCGCGCUGCCCGCGAACUCCAUCGAAGGCGUCGGCACCGUCAGCGACUGCGUUCUGGGCCAAAUAAACACCUUGCCCGAUAUACCGCCUAUAGCAACUAACUUCUUAAACCCCACACAGCAUCUGAGCCCCCAACAAACGGAGGAGCUCUCGCAAAUCAAUCAAGAUCUCGAAGAGAUCACUUCAGUAUCGGAAUCGGUGGGGAUAUCGAUACCUAAUCCACCAAGUCUCGAAGACUGCGUGGAUAAUAAUGACUUUAUGAAUAUAGAUAUUACACAGGGUAGCUCAGAGCUCGGAACCCCAAGUGAUAUGUUGAAAUGCUCUUCUUUAUCUGUAGUUAGUUCUGAUCUAAAUCCAAUGAGUCAUAUUGAUCCUCAGAAAUUAGAUACAAUCAGCACAAAUUCUGUUGAAUCUCAAGAAGAUGUUAAGAAUGUUAUUGUAGAAUCUAGAAGAAAACGAGGGCGACCUCGGAAAGUCAGAGAACCUGCAAACGAUUUCAGGAGUAAAGCUGUAGAAUCUCACGGAGAAGGAAAGUCUGUACUAAUCGGUAUAAAUGAUUUUCAUAAUAAUGAUCCGCCUAACGUUUCCCCCGACUCUGGUAUACUUUCCAAUCACAAUUCACCUACACAUUCCCCGCUGCGGCGGCACGACAGCGACGAGCCGCACGGUAGGCAGAGCAGAAAGUCCGUGCAGAAAGAAAAUAACACGAGGGAAAGAAGAAACAUGAGAUCGAAAUCUGCGAGUAGGAAUACUGCGCACUUGCGUUCCGACUCCAGUGAUAGUGAAUACCAGAAGAAAAGAAUAGAAAAUGAAAUUAAACAUAUCAAAACAGAAGCGCCCUCACCGGUCCCAUUAAAGCAAGAACAAAAUAAGUUCGAGAAGGCUAAGAAAAAUGAUCACAAAUUAGACAUAGCCGCACUUGAUAGAAUGCUCUACGCGACUGACCGAGUGCUGUAUCCUCCAAGAAAGAAGGUCGGUAGGAAACCUGUAAACAAAACUAAAACAACAAAGAGUCCCAAGGCGGCGAAAGAUAAAAACCACUACGACUCUGCAGACAGCGACGAGGAGUCGGCACCGGCCAACAGGUCCGUUUUAUCCGGGGUUUAUGCGAAACGUAAAGAAGUUAACAGCAAGUUAGCGAACCUUCCCAAGAAGAAUACUAAGUCUUUUACUAACACGUGGAGAGAUAAUCAGAGUGAAAACGAAGCCGCCGCCGACGACCCUUUGGACCCGACGUGGAAAGAGAUUGAUCUAAACCCCAAGUACAAAGAUAUUUUGUCUGGUUACAAAAGCGAUCACGAGUUCAAACCGUACAAGAGCUGUAGCAGGCUGAUGGAGUCUGGGUAUAAGAGUGACUACGGGUGUAGAUCGGGUUACAAGAGCGACUACUAUCGUUCCGGGUACAAAAGUGACCACAAAUCUGGUUACAAGAGUGACAAGUCCGGUUACAAAACGGAUUACAGUGUCAGGAGCAUGAGGCGGCGCAUGAGGAAGCUCAAGAAAACGAGAUCAGUGAGGGACAGGUCUUAUUAUAAAAAUCAAAAGCAUUUCGUCUCCGAUCAAGAGAUUCUAUCAUUAGCUAACAAAACAUUUAGCAGUCUCACUCUUGGCCACAGUUCAAGUGACUCAGAUUGUGAAAGUUACUUGAGAAAACCUAACGCUAGUCCUAAAUAUGUCAGUGUUUGUACUAAAUACCCAGUGCAAUCGAAGUAUAGCUUUGGUUUCUCGAAAAUGAACCGUAAACAUGUACUUCGAUUGAAUUCCUCGGACCCGUUUGCGCCGGGCCCGGUGUUUAGUGGCCUGCAGAGGCCGGUCACUACAUAUAACAUAUUCAAAGUUAGCCACAAUAACAACAAUACCCUACUCAAAUCUCCAUCAAAAUCAAACCAUUCUGGACGAAAUUUGCCUGGACUGAAACCGACAUUUACGCAUAAAUUUGGAGCGCUGCCAAUCUGUACCGUUUCGAAAUCGCACGGAUCUAAAAGCAAUUCUAAAACGUCUCCGAAAAAGAUGAAAAAUUCAAAUACACAGUUCUCACAAAGCGCGAAAAAAGAAAGCCAUGCCAAACAAAUUCCUAAUGUUUUCGAAGGCGCUAAAAAUAGCUACAUUCCGAAUAAAUCACUCACCAGAAAUGUUUUUCUAAAUGUCAAGAAAACCCAGAUGAAGCCAUUGUUGCAUGUUCGGAAACACAGAAGGACUGUAGUUCUAGCGCCGCCCAAAAUCAAUUUAAAACCUUCCGAAAGGCCUUCUAGAAUUACCAUCAAAACCGAGAACAAACAUCAUAGGCAUCGAAGUCGAAGAAGACACCGAUCGAGAUCGGUGUCUCGAUGUCGAGAGUCAUAUACGAAAUCUAUAGACACGAUAGAUCAAAAGUUCACUCAGGACAUGGACAGCUUAAUAGGCAACUUUAUCAAGUUGUGUCAAAUUGCACCUAAAUUAAUAACAGGCAUUGGCACGCCUCCAGUGAAAAGUGUCGACAAGCCUCCGCCUGAACCAGCAGCGGCCCCAAAAGUAGUCAAAAGGGGUUCCAAAAAAAGAAAGACAUCUGACAACCAGGAAACAGUCACGCCCACUACGAAACGGAGGCACAAAAAACAAUUAACAGAAUCUCAAAGCAAAGGCGGCAAGGACACCAAUGAGCACAAAUUACCUCUGAAAAAGAGACAUUACCACAUCAAUUCAUCCACAAGCAACUCCUUAAGUUUGAGUUUAGUUACAGCUGAGUUUGACGAAAACUUGAAAAGUGGAACUAAUCCUGAACAAUUUCUGUGUACAGAGACAGAUUGCAUGGGCGAAUUGCGCAGUAACAGUCAGCAAGAAUCUCCAAAACCAAAAGUUUCACACGAGAAGGUAAAAAAGGGUUCUGAUAAUGUCAAAGGUGCUCCCACUUCAACAGUGAGUCAAGACACCAAACUACAAAACUCGGAUAUUACAAUUAAGGUGUCAAAAACUACUUUCAGCUCCGUCACUGAUAACCUGGUCGUGAAAGUCGACGAAAGUAGUCCGUGCCUAAGUAAAAAUCAUUCGCCAAAUUCCUUGAACGCCACUGACGAUGAACUCUCUAUAAAGAAACCAAGCGCAGAACAAUCAGAAUUAUCGAAAAGAAUUUUCGAAACAUCUGAAAAGCUCAAAGCGGUGCACAAAAUAGUUCACGAUUUGGAAAAAUCAUUGCCUAAAACCAAGGAAUCUGAUAUCAAAACAGAAACAUUGAAAAUGGACACACACAGAGUUUCUUCUCCUAGAUCGGAAAGAAAAGCUUCUCCAAUUCGCCACACAGCACCUAUCGUUACACCAAAGAAGCGACACAGACUAGAAGCCGACAAGAUUAUAUCUAACUCUAGUUUGGACCAAGUUGUACAAUCUUUAUCUAAAAAGUUAGCAGAAGACAAAACUGCCAGCGCGAAUAUUUGUAAAGACUUCAAUCAAAACAACUCCAGGGAAGACAUAAAAGAAGACCAGAAAUCUGAAUCCGUAUCACCUCAUAAUGAAACAUCCGCGAACAAUUCCACUUCCGAUCCAUUAAAGAGCAUGUCAGCUCGAUCGUUGUAUAAGAGUUCAAUACUGCCUGCCCAGAAAUCAGAAAUUAUGACUCGUAAGAAAAAUAGGUUAGAAGGCCUGACAAGUAAUUUAGUUUCAAAAAUAAAUCCAAGUGCAGCGACCAAGGUGUUGGACACACUUCUGAACAAUAAUAUACGGAAAUCAAUAGAAUCCCGUAUCCUUGAAAAAGAAAAGGUAAAUUCAGAUCCAGUUAAGUCAUUAGACGACAAAGGCAGAGUGAAGGAAGUUGCCCAAGUCAGCACUAGAGCAACUGUUAUUAAAUCCCCGGUGUCUAAAGGGAAGGUAAUGGACACAAAAAAGACAAAAGUAUCGGAUCUGGCUACCGAACAGUCUUUAGUUGUCAACAUCGACAAACCAACAGGCAUUUUCGAGCCGUCAGUCGAUUUGGAAGAUCAAAUACCGAAGUCGUCUAUCUGCGUCUCAAAUGCAUUAGGAGAUGCGAAGUCUAAAUUGAAAUCUAAAAGUUCAGACAGCAAAGGUAUAGCGUCUCUCCUUACGCCGAUAGAUACCGAGUCGGAAAUCCCAUUACCUUUAAUUUCCGAGACGCCGGAACCGAUUAUAAGGCCGAAGCGAGGGGAGUCCAUAGCGUCUGUAUUAUCAGAUAAAAUCCAGGAGACAAGUAGCCACAACUUACGUCAACCCAAAAGAAAUCUUAACAAUGAGAAUGAUGACGGGCGUGACAAGAAGAAAAAGAAAACCAUUAACAACAUUAUAAAGGAAAGCAAACUCUCCAUGUUAUCAACUAAACUGCUGGUCCCUAAGAUCCAAGCAGAGAAGCUGUCUAUGGCCGAGUGUAUGAAGAAAAUGAACUUACCAGAAAAGAAACCUGAGGUCACUGAUUCCAGCGACAGCAAAACAGGGGACACUACGAAGAAAAAGACAAGGAGGCGGAAAGCUAUUAACAGAACUGGUUUUCCAAGCGUCAAGAGGAAAAAGAAGAAAUUGGAUCCUAAUAGUAGUCACAACGCGACUACGUCUGACAGCCAUUUGACAUCCGAGGACACUGAUAACAACUCCGCGUUUGACAGAGUGCCUAAAGACGGAGAAGCAAUGAACAGCUUCUUGGAACGCACUAGUAACAAGCCGGAACUCAAGGUUGUGCUAAAUAAAGACGAAUGUCCGAGGCAGCAGGCUCGCCUCACAGUCGUGGCUCUUGAAAAAUUGCAAGGAAAGGUGGUCAAUGAAAACAAUAAUAAAACUGCUGGCAGUACAUUGACCCCCAACACAGCUAAAAAGAGCAGUGGUUCAUCCAUCUUAAGAGCUCCGGCUCUACAACUGAAACAAUCUAAGACUGAUAAGGAAAUCAAAAAUCACGUUAAUAAAUGGGAGGUAAUGAGUGAGACAGACAGCAUACCGUCGCUGACUAGCUCUCUCGGUAAUGACCCUGAAGACAGCAUACCGCUCAGUUUGCUAAACCUGAAAGCCGAUAGGCCGGCAAGUCAGAUGGAAGGCUUGAAACGCAAGACCCGAGCGAUGUCUCCCUCUCAAGAAAUCGACGAAAUUCUUACCAAGAGGAAAAACGUCGAGAAAAACAGUAAAGUAGGUUUGCGACCAAAAUCGAGUUUGGCCAUUUUGUACCCUUGCGAAAGGAGAUUAACCAGAAGUUCGGACAACACCAAUGAAGAAGGAAAGAGCAAAGCCAAAACCGAUCAGAAGUUGGAAACCCCGAAAGAAACACCGGCUAAGUCGGUUAAACCCUCUAUCACAACAAGGCGAAAGUCUCGCUCGUGUCAAAUGAACAAGAAAAUCGGCGAAGUCCACUCGAGUUCACGAGAAAGUUCACUAGAUACGGUCACAAGUCGCAAGCCGUGUUCUAAAUCUCGCGAGCCGUCGGUGGAUACCCUGCGAGACCACGACGAGAACGACCCGCUGCCGCUGCACGAGAAAGAGAUAGACUUCGAGAAGAGCAUCGACGUGCUGUCGAAGAGCAUCAUCAGCAAGAAGCGGGUGGCGUCAUCGCGCGACGACAGCCCGGCCGGCAGCGACCGCGAGAAGCCGGUGUCCAAGCGGAACCCGCGGCUGAGGAAGAAGUUCCUCGUCGCCGGCUUGUUCUCCGACUACUAUAAGGAAGAUAACAAACCAUCGGGUAAAACCAAAGCUGCACCGACGGCCGGGGCAGUAAUUCCCUCCGGGCUGCUCGCCCCGCCACCGUAUUGCGAGCGCUGGGUGCGGCGCCGCGCGCAGCCCUACGCGUUACCAUACGACAUCUGGUGGCAGCACCACUACAACCAACCAGUGCCUUCGUGGAACUAUAAGAAGAUACGCACAAACGUAUACUACGACGUGAAACCAUCAGCGGAGGAAUGCGAGAGCGUAGCGUGCCACUGCGCGCCGACCUCGCGCUGCAACGAGGACUGCAUCAACCGGCUCGUCUACGCCGAGUGUUCCCCGCAGCUAUGCCCGUGCGGGGACCUUUGCAAGAAUCAGCGGAUCCAGCGGCACGAGUGGGCCGGCGCCUUAGAGCGGUUCAUGACGGAGAACAAGGGCUGGGGCGUGCGGUGCAAACAGCCCAUCACCUCCGGGGACUUCAUACUCGAGUACGUCGGCGAGGUGGUGUCCGACAAGGAGUUCAAGGAGCGCAUGGCCACGCGAUACGCCCGCGACACGCACCACUACUGCCUGCAUCUGGACGGCGGGCUGGUCAUCGACGGGCACCGCAUGGGCGGCGACGGCCGCUUCGUCAACCACUCCUGCCGGCCCAACUGCGAGAUGCAGAAGUGGACCGCCAACGGCACAUUCAGAAUGGCGCUGUUCGCCCUUCGGGACAUAGAGCCGGGAGAGGAGCUCACGUACGACUACAACUUCUCGCUGUUCAACCCGGCGGUGGGACAGCCAUGCAAAUGCGACUCCGAAGACUGCCGCGGCGUAAUAGGCGGGAAGUCUCAACGUAUCACCAAACUCCCCGUGAAAACGCAAGCGCGAACAGCUUCCAACGCCUCCAACCAAUCACAGGGCUCCACCAGCCAGCCGCGCGUUGGUCGCCCAAGGAAAGCCGUCAAGUGCAACAAGAAAUCCGAGCAGGCGAGUUUGACGGCUUGCGAGAUCAAGAAUAUGACUAUUCUGAAGUAUCAGCAGCAUUUGAAUAAGCUGUGGCAGGAGCCGCAGGUUAAGCCGCUCACGGCGAAGGAGAGGAAUCUGGUCAAGGAGAGACAUUGCUUCUUGUUCAGGAAUCUGGAGAGCGUUCGCCGCACUCGCGACCGCCUGUCGCCGCCGCCCGCCGCCGCCGCCGCCCCCCCCGCGGCCGCCGCGCCGCCGGUGAACCCGCUGGAGCUGCCGGACACCAUGAGCCCGGACCUGUUCGCGCGCCGCCUGCGCCGCCUGCGCCGGCCCGCCGCCCGGCUGCCCGGGCUCGUGCGCCCGGAGGACGACCCCGGCAAGACCAAGAAGGAGAGGCUCGCGGCGGUGUUCGAGGCGCUCUACGACUAUGUUGUCCGAGUCACGGAUGACAAGGACAAGCCGCUCUGCACGCCACUGCUGAAAGCCAAAUGCAGCCAGAGCGACGACCCCCUGUGCGACCUUCCCGGCAUCGAGGCCAACGUGGCGGCGCGCCGGUACGACAGCGCGGCGCAGUUCGACGCCGACGUGAACGCCGUCUUCUCCAACGUGACCCGCGAGCACGGCCGCAUGUCCGCGCUCGGCUCCAUCGCGGUCACCUUGAAGAAGGAAUAUAAUCUCGCUAAAGCGGAAUUCGUCGAGCUGCUUAACAAGAUCCUCGGGCCUGACGAUCCUUUGCCGGCUGGUUUUGUACAGAAGGCCAAGCAAGAGGAGGUGAUAAUGUGCAUAUGCGGUCUGCACGUGGAGGAGGGGCUGAUGGUGCAGUGCGGCGCGUGCGGCGUGUGGCAGCACGCGCGCUGCAUGCGCGUCAAGGACACGCGCGCCGCGCACUACUGCCAGCUCUGCCACAAGGGGAAACAUCAGGUGGACCGCGAGAUUCCUCUAGAAGAAUGGACGGAGGAGGGGCACCAGUUCUACGUGUCCCUGAUGCGCGGCGCGCUGCAAGUCCGCCAGGGCGACACCGUCUACGUGCUGCGGGAUAUUCCCAUCGACGCGGCCAGGCCUGAUCUCAGCCAGGCCCAAGGGAAAGAUGAAGCUAAGACCAAACGGCCGGAUCGCAAGCUCAAGCAACUCAAGGGGAAGGAAGAUGCUGCGUCUAAUAAAGAGACGUCGGUCCGCAAGCACACAUACCAAACAAUCGGGUCCAUCCCGGUGUCCGAGCUGGACAUCUUCCGCGUGGAGCGGCUGUGGAAGCACAAGGACACGCAGGAGCGGUUCGUGUACGGACACCACUACCUGCGCCCGCACGAGACCUUCCACGAGCCCACGCGCAAGUUCUUCCACAAUGAGGUGAUGCGAGUUCCGCUGUACGAGGCGGUGCCCAUCGAGCUGGUCAUGUCGCAGUGUUGGGUCAUGGACCUUAACACUUAUUGCAAGGGGCGGCCGCUGGGCGCGCGCGAGGAGCACGUGUACAUCUGCGAGCUGCGCGUGGACCGCGGCGCGCGGCUCUUCACCAAGAUCUCGCGGCCCAAGUACCCCAUCUGCACCAAGCCCUACGCCUUCGACCACUUCCCCGCCCGCCUCAAGAUCACACGCACCUACGCCCCUCACGAAGUGUCGCCCGAGUACCUGAAAGGGCGCGCGGCCAAGACCGCGGCGCCGGCCGACAAGAGCAAGCCGGCCGCCAAGGACGCCGGCAAGAAGAAGCUGCCCGCCGUCGCCUACCCCGACACCAGCAAGAACUGUUCGGCGGGCGCGCGUCGGGAGCGGCAGGGCGGGCGCGUGAACGGCAUCGCGCGGCGGCUGCUGGCGCGCGGCGGCGGCGCGCGCGCGCUCGACGCCUCCUACCUGCUGCGCCGCGCGCCCGCCGCCGCCGCCUCCCCCCCCGCGCCGCCCCGAGCGCGCGCGCCCUGACCGCGCCGCUG